CAAAUUUAAUCAUGAAACUAUUGUUGACUGCGCAAAAUCAGAGAUUAAAAAAUCAAUGGUUAAUUAUUACAUGAAUUAUAAUUAGAAAAGGGAUCGGUUUGGCUUUUAAAAACCCAUAAAUUCUUAAAAUAAAAUUAUGUAAGAUGAUGGAAGAGAUUUUCGUUGAGUUUAGACGAUUUUCAAUGAGAAGAAACAAAUUCCACUAAGAAUAUAAAUAUUUCGAAACUGAAACUGGAGAACAUAGUUCUUUUCUUUAACAACAAUAUUCGCUUAUUCUCUCUCAGAAUCGCUCGGAUAGCAUUGAUUUUAGAGAUUCAUGGGUUUAUGAAAGCCAUGCUGAUCUUUUUUUAAUUGUAAUCCAUGUUUAUGUUUAGUAAUUAAUGUUUGACUUUUUCUAAGUCUGAAUUUGCACAGUUAACAAUGCCUUCAUGAUUAAAUCUGCACAAGAAAUAGUUGAGUAUUAAGUGUUGAUUUCAAAUAUUUGGAAGCUCAUUUUCCGAUCGUGUAUGAUGUAUAUUUCAUCAUAAAAUGAAUAUAAAUCUUAUAAAACAUAUAUCAGCUUUUAAGAUCGUAAUUUAAUAUAUAUUGACUGCAGUCAAUUGGUUGAGUUCAUAUGUGACAGAGUGUCAAUCAUUUAACUAAUUUUAAUUUUUAUGUUAAAAUUUGUUUAUUUAUGAGAAUCGAAUCCGUUUAAAAAAACUUCAACUAAAACAUUUAAACUAUUCAACCAAAACAAUAAUGAUAUGAUAGAACAUGUUAUUAAUAAAAAAAAAUUAUGAGUAUAGUUUUACGGGUUAUUCCAACAAACAUGUAAAAUAUUUAUCAAAUAUAAAACUAAUUGAAUAAAACAUAAACCACAUUUUAAGUUAGGCUUCGUUCACGGAUCCUUAUUUGUUUCUAAUUUAUAUCACAUCAUAGGUCUCAUUUUAGAAAAUUUGUUAAUACGGACCGGGUUCGAAUAUAACAUAUUGGUUUGGUUCUAAUUUGUAUCACGUCAUAAUACCCAUAAAGUAACUUAUAUCAUUCGGAUUCAGGUUAUAUUGGUUUAGUUUGGAUAUAUCUAAUGUUAAAUCCAAAAUUUAAAAGCAAAACAUAAGACAUAGAUACUUAUUUAUAUAGAAUUGGAUAUUUAAGGUAUUUAUUUAAAAUUCAAAUACUUAUUUUUAGAUAUCUUUGAAAAUAAAUACAUAAUUAAAUACUUGAAGUACAUAUUUAUGUAUCAAAUAUUUAUAUUUGUGAUUAAUUUGGACUUUCUUUUUUUGGGUUACACGUUCGGGUUUGAGUAAUAACAUUUCAAGUUUGGAUAUGUUUUAUACCACCCUACAAGAUCCGCUAUGGCAUUUCUUAUAUUUUGGACCAGGUAGGGAUCGAAUUUUUGUUUGGAUUCAGUUCAGACUUUGGUUUAUGGAUUUUAUGUCCACACCUAUUUUAAAUAAAGAGAAAUAAAGUUUUCAAUGAAAAAUUAUUCCGCGCUUUGGACAAUGAAAAAUAGAAGCCAUAACUUUUUCAUGUGUGAUUUUUUAAUUUGGACAAUCAAUUAAUUUUUUUAUUAAAUGUAUUAUAUAAGAUUAAUAAUAUAUAGAAAUUUCAAACUACUUUAAUUAUAAUAUCUUUUUAUUUUAAAUAUAAAUACAUUUAUUUAUUUUUUUUAACAAAUCUGUUUAAGAAGAUUUUAACAAGAUCUUAAUUUUAAAAAUUAUAGUUAAAUAUUUCCACUAACUUUGAAACUAGUUUUGAAAUACUAUUAAACAUUAAUAUAUUCAGUUAUCGUUAAUAACAAAAAUUCUAUCCAAUUUUUAUCUAUUAAUUAUAUAAUCAUAUUAAAAGAAAAUUAGUAUCUUAAGCUAAAUAUGAUAAAUUGUAUUAAAUUGAUAAAUUUAUAUAUUUUAGUUUCAUAAGUAUAAAAUAUUAAUGUUCAAAAAUAAAAGUAUAGUAUGUUGGUAAGACGGGUUAUAAAUCAUAAACAUUAAACAAAAAAUCCCAAACACUAAACUCUAAAUUUUUGGGUAACCAUAAACCCUAGGAUUUAGGAGGAUUUAUCCAAAGGUUUAGAGUUUAUGGUUAAGGGUUUAGUGUUUUUAAGAUUUAGUUUUUAGCGUUCUUAAGAUUUAGUGUUUAGUUUUUAUAAUUUAGGGUUUAAUAUUGAUGCAAGGGUUUAUGGUUUAUCCAAGGAUUUAAGAUUUAGUCAAAAGUUUAGGGUUUACCCAAAUACUUUUCAAAAAAAUCGUUUUUUGCAACAAUUACUAUUUUUCUUUUACUUAAAAAAUAAAUUAAAAGCAUAAUAUAACUUGGAAAAUACUUAUUAUUUUAUUUCCUUUUUAAAAGAUAUGGAAUAUGAAAUAAAAAAAUACUAUUGGUUGGUGUAUGGGAUGAACACAAGAAAAACCUUUUCAUAUUUUAUAUCUUAAAGAAAACAAAAUAAUAAGACUUUGUUAAAUUAUAUUAUGUUUUUAAAAUAAAAUGGUAAAAAUAAAUAAAAAUAGUAGUUGUUGUGAAAAAAAGAUUUUUUUUUAAAUAUUGUUAAUGCCGUCAGCACUAAACUCUAAAUCUCCAAUACUAAUCUCCAGCUCAAUCUUUGUCGUGCUGGUAGGAAACUGCUUUUUGCGGUUAAGGCGGAAAAGUCAAUUUUUGCGAUUUUGGCGGAAAAUUGUAUUUUCGCGAUUUUGGUCGGAAAAUGCAUUUUGCGGCUUUGAAAAAAAGUGUUUUUCGCGGUUUUGGUCGAAAAGUACAUUUAGCGGUUUUGAAAAAUCUGGUUUGGCAGAAAAAUGAGUUUUUUCAUCCAUAUAUCUUAUUAUCCAAAUAAUAAUUAUGAUUGAUUAUCUAAUUCCUAGUUGUAUCUAAUGUUAUUGGAGGACUGUUUUUUAUAUUUUACUCAUAAAAUAUAACUUUCAAAUAUUACAUAUGAUAUAUCUAUGAGGUUUUUCAAAAUUUGUGCAACAGACAAAAACUUAGGGAAAUACAUGUUUUUAACAAGGAUCUACUGCAAUUUCUAUUCAAAUUAUAUGUCACACAAUAUAAUUUGACAUAUUUGAUGUAUUUACCAUAUUCUACAAGAAAAAUAAACCAUAUUCUACGAGAAAAAUAAAUUGUCCUGCUAUAAAACAUAAUAUUGAGGUGAAUUUGUAAGUGGAAUACAAAAUUAUAUUAAUAUAUAUCACUGGUUAUUUAAAAAUCUUAGAGACUUGAAUCCAAAAAAAAAACUUUUUUUAUCAGUAACUUAAAACAGACUCAUAGAGACAAAAAAAAAUCAUUAAUCUGUGUUUCUAUUUCGAAGAGUAAAUAUUAGUAUAAUUUUGUACUGAAAUUUAAAUAUGAUGAAGAAAUAUAUAUAGUUUGGUUUUGGACCUAAAUUUAUUUAGGACUUUUUUUUUUGCAGCAAACGACUAUUCUAUUACUCAAACUUGAGGUGGUCUGAGUAUCCAAACCGGAAUAAAACAACCAAUAAAACAUAAAGAUCUAUGAAAAACUAAUUUAUUUAGGACUUAAGAGGGGGUUUUGUUUGCAUUGUUGCAUUUUGCAUUAUAUAAAUCAUGUUAACUCAAAUUCUCACGGUCUCACAUUGAAAAACAAGGGGAAAGACGAUAGAAGUUUCAAUAAACAACUGAAAACGAAGAAAAACAUCAAUGUCCCGCAUUUUGGGUCUUCGGUCUUAUAUAAUAGUAUAACUAUCUCAGUUCUCAACUACUCACAAAUAAAAAGGGUUUUCAACUAAAUUGUAUAAUUGUAAGGCUGGGCAAAAUAAAAAACAGAAACCGUUCUGAAAACUUAAUAUUGAACCCAAACCGAAUUGGUUAUAUAUCCCAACAAAUUUAAAAUUUUGGUAUUUAGAUAACCGAAACCGAACUUGACUCAAACCAAAAUAUUUUUGGUAUCCGAAUAUAUUCGAAUCAGAUUUACAUAUUAAAAUAUAUUGAUUAUUUUAGAUUUAGUACAUAAAUAAAUAUCCAAAAUGAAUUUUUAAAAUUUCAAAAUAAUUUAAACGAUUUAUCUGAACCCAAACCAAACCCGCAUAAAAUCUGAACUGAAUCCAAACCAAAAUUUAUAAAUAUCUGAAUAAGAUUUAUAUUUUUAGCCUGAAAUCCAAAUAGACUCGAACCAAAUCCGGAAGUCAACCCCUAUGUAAUUGAAUUUGGUGGACUGUAGUUGUUUUAUAAUACUAGCAUAUAUGUGGUUUUGGCUAUUAAAGUUGACUAUUACGGGUAUGCUUGGUCUUUUAUAAUCAGACUAUCCCACUAGGAAAACUUCAUGAAAGUACCUGAAAAGUUGUUGGGUACUCUGUCUUAAGAAAACCUCACAAAGGGGGAAAAUAAUUAAAAACCAAAACCGACGUUUAAGUUUCAACAAUUAUCCACCCGAUUAGAUUCCAGCAAAAAAAAAUCGGUUUGUCUACCGGUUCAACCAAACCAGUUGCCUUUUUGUUCCGGUUAUUUUUAAGUUGGAGGCUUAUAAGUUUAUAAAUGUUCAAUCUGUUUCUAUCUUUUCUCCUACUUCGCAUUAACGCAAAGGCGGAGCUCCGACAUGACAUCUCGCUCCAACGAAGCUAUUCCGGGUCACCCGAUUGUCCUUGGUUGUGGUCAACUUUGUUUGGAUUACUUAGUAACUGUACCGUCUUUUCCAGUUCCCGACCAAAAGAUCCGAGCCACGAGCUUCAAGGUUCAAGGAGGUGGAAACACUGGGAAUACGUUGACAUGCGCUGCUCGUUUGGGUUUGGCUUCUAGGAUCUUAGCUAAGGUUGCUGAUGAUUCUCAAGGGAGAUGGAUGCUAGAGGAACUAGAAUCUAGCGGCGUCGAUACUUCCUUUUGUGUGACAGCUAAAGAUGGAGUUUCACAUUUUAAUUACGUCAUUGUAGAUAACCAAACGAAUACUCGCACGUGCGUUUUCACACCAGGAUAUCCUCCUUUGCUCCCAGAUGACCUUACAGAAUCCCUCCUUGUAGAUGUGCUUGAUAGGGUGAGAGUUAUACAUGUAACUGGAAGGUCUCGAGAAACCGAAUUGCUUCUUGCGCAAAAGGCACAUAGCAAGAAUGUAUCCAUCUUAAUCAACGCGGAGAAAAGACGGGAGGGACUAGAUAAGCUCCUUGACUUAGCUGAUUAUGCCGUUUGCUCUACUCACUUCCCUCAGGCUUGGACUGAGUCACCAUCAGCACCUAGUGCGCUUCUCUCUAUGCUCAUUAGACUACCGAAGCUAAAGUUUGUGAUCAUGACUUUGGGGGAAGACGGUUGUGCGAUGCUCGAGAGAUGUCCCAAUGAGGUUCCAGAAUCAGAAGAAACAGACAUCGAUGAACUACACGAGUCUCUGAAGCAAAGCACAGACUUUACAAGUGUUUUACCGGUCUGCAAUUCAUCGAUGGUUACUAGACUGAAAGGAAAUGUUACAGGGAGAUUGUAUAUCGUAACAGCUGAGAAAAUACCUUCAUCGGAGCUUAUGGACACAACAGGUGCAGGAGAUGCGUUCACCGGAGGUUUGCUCUAUGGUUUGUGCACAGACAUGACUUUAGAAGAAACGCUGACAUUUGCAUCUCGAGUAGCUGCUUGUUGCUGCAGAGGUUUAGGGGCUCGAACAACUCUUCCAUUCCGUACUGAUCCAAAUCUUGCAGCUUUCUUGGGAGCAUGAUCACAAUUUGUUUGUCCUUGACGGCUCAACACUCAAGGUCUUAAAAUGGGUCUUUAUAUAUUUGUAUUUUAUCAAAUGUGAAAUAAAAUAGUUGAUUUGAAAAAUAAAAAUAAAUUAUUGUUUCAACGAUUUAUAAAUCAUGACAUCGUCGUACUUUACGUGUGUAUCAUGUGAACUUGUAAUAAUAAAUAAUGUAUUUUGUAUUAAACAAUU